CAAGAGCUGCAGCCACACAGCUUCUCCUUCCCGUUCCUUUCCAGCCCAGUUGUCUGAUCUCUCCUCCAGCUGCUGUGCUGCGCACCUGGAGUUUGGCUUGCUACAGCAGGCAGGAAGGUGACGAGGAUGAAAGGAUCACGACUGCCAUAAACUUGUCACAAAGGACGCCUUCUAUCCGCUAACUAGCAGUUGGUGGCCAGCUGCAGACAUUGCCCAAUACUUAACUAAUGGAUUCCAGCUAAAUGAAACUGACUUUCACCAACUGGGAAGUUGGUUUUGUAAACCUGUUUACAUACAAUUGCAUCCAGCUGCCAGAAAGAAUUUCAAGGACCUGCGAGUCCCUUUUCUGAAGUCUUGUCCGUCUGGCGACUAACACUGAAGAUGGAGGAUGAAGAUGGGUACAUGGCUAUAGACCCAGCCACCCGGGAUGCGUACCCAAGACCACCUCUCAAGAAAACCAAAGGUACUUGACUUUGAAAUGUCCACCCUUUUUCUUUAAGGAGAGCAGCCGCUGCGACUAAAAAGGAAGUUUCUUAACAGGAAGCCUGUAGGUUUGAUUUGGAAGGAGUUUGCAGUGAACUUUGUGCGUGUGGCUUUUUCUUCUUCUUCUUCAACAGAAUCAUUAAAAUCAGGUGUGUUUUAGUGUGCAGUUGUCCACAGAAUAUGGAGUUGCAGACAUAAGUUAUGCAGCCGGAAAGCUGAUAAUGUGCAAUUUGAAAAUGUGAGCAGGGGAUUAGACGCAAUAGAUAUCUGUGUCUAUUAAGCACUUAAGAGACAGGCAAUGUCAGGGACAGCAUGUACACAGAUUUUAUAAUGAUAGAAUGUGCUCAGUUUCUGUACUUCAACUGUCCAAACCAUAUUAAAAACUUCUUUUUUUGCCAGAACCUCCUCUACCUCACCUUCAUUUCUGGGCAGGGCAUGUUUCAUUGCAUCCUUAAACACCAAAUACCCUUAAAGUACCACUUUUUUGUUCCAGCUAGUUACUGCACUAAGGCAAAUACAUAAAUGAAUCAUUGCUGUGAUAGAUAUGAACAACUGGCUCCUCUGGCCCUAUUGAUACAGGAAGUGAGCACGGAGCAAAUAAUAAUAAUAAUAAUAAUAAUAAUAAUAAUAAUUUUAUUUAUAUCCCGCCCUCCCCAGCCAAAGCCGGGCUCAGAGCGCCUAACAACAAUAAAAGUAACACAUAAAAGCAUGAUUUGAACUCCUUCCUUCCUUCCUUCCUUUCUUUUUAGUGUGUGGUGUAUGACGGGGAAUGUGUGCAAUUAAAAUAAUAGACCUCUUUGCACUAGAUGUGCUUGUGACAUUUUCUGAGGACAGCUUCCUUUCCUCUACCCGGAAAUUGCAACCCCAACCUGGCUGAAACGAUUCAUGGCUAGGUUCCAUGGUAUGGAACAAACCAGCUUGCCCACACUUCUGCUUGUUCCAUGCCUUACACAGACGGGAAUUUUCCCUUUCACUCCAAACCACCGUUAAUUAACCUGAAUAAACGUUUUGGAUACUAACUGCCUGGAGCAUGUAGAAUUUCCAGAUGAUGUUCUCACUGAAUCGUGCCUGAUCACCUGGAUUACCACAGUGAUUAUUACCACAUGAAAGUAUAUUACUAUGGUAAUGACAGCUCAGGAAGCAAAUACAAAUUAACAGGCACACAGGAAACCAGACCCAAUUCAAAACACAAAAGACUCCGUAAAUAUAACCUUGAUUUCAUGAGCGUUAGCAACAGAGCUGAAAUGAAAAGCUGAGGAAAUUUCAAGAUUUUACAAGAUUUCAGGAUUCAGUUCAUUAUUUUUUUUUAAAAAAAGAUUUUUCAGUUAUGAUAUUGAAAAUCUGAUUGUACUGGAGGGUUCUUUUAAAUUGUUAAUAGGAUAGACCUGGGUCUUGAUAAUUUGUGAUAUGGUUUUUUAAGAAUCUGGGUUCAAUAUAUUUAUUUGUUUUAUUUAUUUAUUUAUUCAACUUAGACACCGCCCUAUACCCAGAGGUUUAAGGGCAGUUCACAACAAGACCACAACAUAUAAAAUCAAACCAAAAGCAAUAACCCAAUAACCCCCCCCACACACACACACAAAAAACACAUUCUAAAAGGGUGUUGGAUGUCAAUAAGAUCAACCAAAGGCCUGGUUAAAAGGAACAUUUUUGCCUGGUGCCUAAGGAUGUGUAAUGAAGGCGCCGGGUAAACUUCCCUGGGGGGAGCAUUCUACAGAUGGGGAGCCACCACAAAGAAGGCCCGUUCUCAUGUUGCCACCCUCUGGACCUCUCGAGAAGGAGGGCCUCAGAAGAUGAUCUCAGGGUCCGUGUAGGUUCAUAUGGAAAGAGGUGGUCUUGAGCCAUUUAAGUUUUUAUAGGUCAAAACCAGCACUUUGAAUUGAGCCCGGAAACUAAUUGGUAGCCAGUGCAGUCAGGCCAGCAUCGGUGUAAUAUGCUUGAAUCGUCUUGCUCUGGUGAGCAAACUGGCCGCUGAAUUCUGCAUUGCCUGAAGUUUCUGAACUGUCUUCAGAGGCAGCCCUAUGUAUAACACAUUGCAGUAAUCUAACCUUGAGGUUACCAGAACAUAGACAACAGUAGUUAGGCUAUCCCUGUCCAGAUAGGGGCAUAGCUGGGCCACCAUCCGAAGCUGAAGGAAGACUCUCCAGGCCACUGAGGCCACCUGAGCCUCGAGCAACAGCAGAGGAUCCAGGAGUACCCCCAGGCUACGAACCUUGCUCCUUCAGAGAAAGUGUAACCCCAGUCAAAAGCAGGUGACUUCCCAGCCAUCUGGUCUAGGGAACCACUCACGAUAGGAUUGGAGAGGUCAGAAAGCCAUAGUAUGAGCCCCAAUGGCAUCCUGUGGUUGAAAGGCUCAGAGUUUACCAUCUCCGGUACAUGUGAUUUUAGAAAGCUCAAUAACGUUUGAGCCUCUGAGACACAAAAAGGAAGCCAGUCCAGUUUCAACUGUUGCUCAAGAGCAAAUACUUGCACACCUGCAGCUGCUCGAGAUACACUUAGAUACCUAUCCCUACAUUAAAAUUUUAAAAAUCCUCAUUGAUGUCAGCUGAACACAUGGAAUUCCGCUUCCAUGUGUGGAUCUCCAUUGCUGGUUUAGGGUAUGUGGUCUUCCACAAAGCGAUGAAGUCAUUGGAUCCCUCUGUGGUCUUGGUUGCCACUUAGUACUAGACUCAGUAACAGCUGCAGUGCACACUCAACGGUGUGUGUGGGGGAGCAGCCAGUGGUCUUCACCAUGAACUUUUAAUUCCACAGAUCCAUCCUCCAAUCUUCUCUGGUGGAAAAUUGGUCUUGGCAUUUCGCUGGCAGGAAUUGUUGCUUUGACACUGGCUUUGAUCAUUCUCACUCUUCCAGGUAAGUAAUCCCUGUUCUGAUCAUCCUGGUUUGUAAGAGGACUUCCUCAUGCCAUUGAUACUGUUGCUUUCAUGCAAUAAAUAAGGCAGAGUUCCUAUUCAUUUGCUGGACAGGAAUCAAGCAUUUGCUAUCUUGCAGGGAUAUUGCCUUUGUCCAGUCUCCCUUGCAGAACAGUUUCUGUCUGGAGUGCUUUCUGCCCUUUCUUUCUGUAGGGAAAAGCCUAGAUCAGGGGUAGGCAACCUAAGGCCCGGGGGCCGGAUGUGACCCAAUCACCUUCUCAAUCUGGCCCAUGGACAGUCCAGGAAUCAGUGUAUUUUUACAAGAGUAGAAUGUGUCCUUUUAUUUAAAAUCCAUCUCUGCGUUAUUUGUGGGGCAUAGGAAUUCAUUCAUUCCCCCCAAAAAAAUAUAGUCCAGCCCACCACAUGGUCUGAGGGACAGUGGACCACCCCACAGCUGAAAAAGGUUGCUGCCCCCUGGCCUAGAUGGUUUCAGAUGCCAGGAAGCAGAGUAUUAUUCAUAUUUGGGUGGGUGGGUGGGUGCUUCUAUUCCAUCUGCUAACCCCGCAGUCCACCUGCUGUUCCUUUUGUCCCCUCCCUUUGGAGCAGGCUUCUGCAUCCUGGUGCUGUUGAUUUCCAAAUUUCACCAGCCCAAAUUCCAGCAGGCCAAAGGUCUGAAAUGAUGGGCGUUGUGGUCCAGAAGCAUAUGGAUAGCAACAGAUUGGGGAAGGAUGCUCUGGAGGGAAGAACCUGGCCAAUGUUAUCAGCUGCCUGCGACCAGAAAGGAUGUCAUGAACUUUCCACUUACUCCUUAUACAAUGUUUUGUUGUUGGUUUUUUGUUAUAAUGUGGAUGUUUUAGUGUAGGCCGCUUUGGUAGCCAAUAUUGAUUGAAAAGCAAGACAGAUUAAAAUCCUUAAUAAAGAAAUAAUUGCGCGCCAAGGCCCUGGGCCUGUAGUUCCCUCAGAUAAUAAACACACGGACACAAUUAUUUUAGGUUAAUGGGAUAAAUUAGGCCACAGCUUUAUUGGUUACAGAUGUGAGCGGUUUGGCUUAGGCUUGGGUGACACCUGGCUAUAUAUUGACUCUUGCCCAUCUGCAGGGAGUCACACUAAGGGUGAACCACCAGUAGUGGGAGCCCUAAGACAUACAUCAAAUUGGGCACCCCAUGGGGUCCCCGUUGGGGUCGUGCCAUGGCCCUAGCCCAUGCCCAGGCUUUGGACAUGCAGAGGCUACAACCUCCCCUCCCUGAAACAAAGGCUUACCCAAUGCCUAACCUUAAAAAGUUGUGACGAUUGCUACAAGGUAGGUGAAAACCAAAUGGCUAGUGCCAUUUAGACAGCCGGGAGCGUGGCAGUGGGGUGAGUCAGAAUGACAUGGGUGGCAUCCCUCCGCAGGGUCACUAAAGGUCCUGGAUGUGGGGCUGCAACACCGCCCACCGCAGAAAGUGAGCAGAUCUCUAAAACAGCAAUAUUUUGUUGCUAAGGAAAUGAGGCUUUUUCCAUUUACCCAGAUGUGAUAUGUACAGAGAUAUAAGCAACUCACAAGAGCUAUUGGUAAACUUCAUUUUGCUGAACUGAAAGUCUAACAGGAAGUAGGAAGCAAAAAAUACAAAUAAAAAAGCUAAGUAGGGCAAGAUUGGGACUGUACUUUGUACAAAGACAACAUGCCUAUUUCUUGUGGUUGGUUGAUUGGUUUUUUUGUCCUGUUGUCCUUAAUUGCUAUCAGUUCUCUAAUGUCUUCCAUGUCUUCCAAGCUUCCCAAGGCUCUGCUCAAAGAAGCCAGGUGACCUUGCCACAUCCAGUGAUCUACUCAGCACAACAGUGUGACUACCCAAACAGCAGUGCGUUGGAACGUCUCUCCAAACUCCCAAGAUACGAUUCAUGCAAAGACGCUUUUGCCUCAUGUUUGCGUAAGUACGGUAGUUCUGUGGUGGGUGGGUGUGAAUCAGAUGCAGGAGUCUUUUGAUUCAAAAACAUAAUCAUUAAUCACGUUUCUUCACGCUGUGAAAUUCAUUGCCCUGAGAUGCGGCGAUAUUGGCCACUAGCUCAGAUGUGCAAAAUCUUACAGCAGCUUUCCCUAUCUUUGUGCCCUCCAUAUAGGCAAGUUGUUAAAACAGCAGUGCUUAAUAAAGCGAAAAACUGGGUAUGUUGUGGGAAUGUUCAGGGUGGCAGGAGAGGAUAUAUUGUUUAUUAAUAUCCUUCCUAACUUGCAUUAGCAAGUUUCUUUACUUAGCAGAGUGCAUUCUCCUUUACACAGCAGAAAAUUAGAUGCAAACUCGUGGGAGUUUCUUAAGACAAUGCGCAAUUCACUCUGGCUUGUCCAGAUUGAAAUGUGUUCUAAUAUUUUCCUGGAAAGACCCCUUGAAUCCAUCCUAAAGGAAUAAAGACACCACAGUCUUAUUCAUAAGCAAUAAAAAGAAAGUUCACUCAGGCAGAGCACAGUGUGAUCCCUGAAGGCAGGGUUAAGGCUUAAAGUUACAAGAAUAUACAAAUAGGUUUACCCCAUAUGUGGGUUGACCUAGUGACUGCAGUUGGCAGUCUGGGAAGUUUGCAGGACGAAAGGAAGAUGGAAAACAGAGAGUGUGGCACCAUGCCUUAACCUUUUACUAGGUCUGGAAAGGUCACGCCCACCCACUAGUCACAUGCAAGGAAGGAUGCUCCAGGCCAGGAGAAACAGGAAGUUUCAACUGGCUGGACCAAACAUUCCCUUGCAUGUCCACUCUAGCAAAACAAGGAAUGUUGUACUUGACUGCUCUCAGUGAAUUACAUUCCACACAAGUAGGUUAAGAUGACUGGAUAUUUUGCUGAAAGUGGAUGUGGUGCCAAGUGUGCAUCCCUGUGAAGAUAGUUCCACAGAUGUGGAGCCGCCCGCCACCACCAAAGAGGUUCUUAGCCUGUUUGGCACCUGCCUCACUGUCAUGACAGUGCCUUUGGGUUCAAUCCCGGAAUAGUAGACUCUGGAGAAAGAGGAGGAAGAUGAGGCAAGAACAGAUGGAACCCCUGUCUCCAUUUGGUUCUAGUGUGAAGACACAACUUCCAGCUCCUUCCCUUCCUGAUGAGGAGAGUUGCCAGAAUUUAGGGAAGGCUCUGAGCAGUGGCUUAGGAUGGCUAAUCAGGGUGAGGAGGCAGGUCCUGUGCUCUCUCCCUGGACCAGAUGCCACCUCAGGAGAUGGGAGAAGCUGCAUCCACCCAGACCCAGUGCCUGCUUGCAGACCAGCAACUCACACCGAGAUGGAGACUUCUGAAGAGAAGGGGCUGUGUCUGCCCGGAGUUUGAAGCUAGAUGGGUGGAUAUGAACAACCUGUUGUCCAGGAAAGGGAUAGUGCCAGCCUAAGCUGAUAUUCAGUACUGAUCAUCAUAGAGAUCAUCUGAGCCUCCAGUGACAAGCUGAAUUUAGGAGCUCCUCCAAACAAUACACCUGUUGCUUCACAGGGAAUGCAACCCCAUUUAGAAAAGGUGAACUUCCCAACUCCCAGACCUGGAAGCCACACAACGUUAAAAUCAAGCAUUAAGAAUUUCAACAUACAUUUUGAAUUGUGACCAGCAGCCAUUAAAAAAAUGUUUAAGAGUGGGCAAAAUGUUUCAUUCAGUUGAUCCCAUUCAAUAGUCUAACAGCUGUAUUUUGGACCAAUGGCAGCUUCUGCAGCUUCUUCAAAGAAAUCAGCUCCAUGUGCAGCACAUUGUAGAAGUUGAACAUGUUAAAAAUGCUAUAUAGUUUGCCUGGAAAAUUGCGGGUUUCUGGCAUUGUUCAUUGGGUUUCCACUGCUGCAACAACAUACUUAAAUGCGCAGAAUGUCUCUCCAGGGAGAACAAGGGACUCAGCUACAUUAGUUAAAGUGGGGGCAUUAUAAAUGUGUUAUAACACUGAUACCAGAUGGCUCUGUACAGUUCGAUCCUUCAGCAAUGUGAUUUUGCAUUAUGAGCUUUACAAUGUGUUUUCCUGAAAUGUUUUGUUUUUUUUAUGUGUCUAUAUCCAGCCAACCUCGGCAUGUAAAAAUGUUAGCCCAAGGUCACAUGGAUGUUUGUUUAUAAUUUUAUGUUCUUCAGUGAGCUCAGUUUGAUCCAAAACCUCGUGAUCUUCUUAACCUUUUCACAUCUUCAGGGAACUAAUGACUCAUAGGACAACUGGGGGUUAAGCAAGAUGGAAGUUGCAGCAAGAGCUGAAUUUGUCACUGACUUACUCUGAAAAUUCUACUGUCAUCAUUAGCAUAUGAUGGCAACUUCCUGAAUCUCCCCUUAAUCAUAAUAGGGCAAAAUGCUGUUUUAAAAACAAACAAACCCACUAAAUUUUUAAUAUCAAACUUUGAAAAUUCAGAUUAACAUGUUGAAAAUCUUCCAUAUUUGACAUUCCUAGAAAGGGUCAGCUCAGUCUGUAGAUCAUGAGACUCUUACUCUCAGGGUUGUGGGUUUGAACCCCGUGUUGGGCAAAAGAAUCCUGCAUUGCAGGGGGUUGGACUGGAUGACCCUUGUGGUCCCUUGCAACUCAAUGAUUCUAUGAAAGUUCAAUUUCAACCUUGUUGGUUUUCCUUCUUUGACACGCAGGUGAACCUUCUGACAUCUGCAUCCAAGUGCCAAAGACCCCCAUCACUGCAGCAGUCAAUGAAACGGCAUUCAUCCCUGUUGAUGUCCAAGUCCCAAAGACUGACUGGGAUUUCGUUGAAAUCCAGUGGCACCACAUCAAAGGAGCGGGAGAAGACUUCCUUCUGAAACUUAACAUGAGGUCAUGCAGCCUAACCAGCAACCCGCAGAAGUGGUGGCAGCGUUAUUGCCACCUCUUUUACGAGGUGUUGCCGAAACAUCGGAGGAGAGUGUCAGUCAUGACGAACGCUUGGCUGGUCAUCUGCAAUGUGCAACCGGAAGAUUCUGGGAGAUACCAAAUCACAGUGAUAUCCAACAACAUGAAAGAUGCAUGUAGUUUUGUGAAUCUUUCCGUGGCUGGAGGUAAGAGGAGGCAGAGAGGUGUAUGGAGGUUCGGUACACUUCAGCACAGACCUGGGCCUACAAAACCAUCCUGGGUGACCCAGAAUUAAGUGGCAAAACAUUUUUCUGGUUUGCACCUUUUCAGUCUCCAGGGUGGAGGAUGGGUCUUUGAAUUCUUUACCACUUGGAGGUGGAAGGGAGAGAACCCUGAGCACAGAAAUCAAGCAUUACCAAGAGAUUGAAAUUGUGCUAGUUUUCUGCGUGUUUACAUGAGGAAGCAUUUGACUGUGCCAAACCCCAUCUCCAGCUUGGCAUAACAGAAUCUGAAAUGCAUAAACUGGUUCUUGGAGGCAGGGAGCAGGAAACCUCAGUGCCAGAAAACAAUCAAGAAGAAGAGUUUGGAUUUGAUAUCCCGCUUUAUCACUACCCUAAGGAGUCUCAAAGCGGCUAACAUUCUCCUUUCCCUUCCUCCCCCACGACAAACACUCUGUGAGGUGAGUGGGGCUGAGAGACUUCAGAGAAGUGUGACUGGCCCAAGGUCACCCAGCAGCUGCAUGUGGAAGAGCGGGGAAGCGAACCUGGUUCACCAGAUUACGAGUUCACCGCUCUUAACCACUACACCACACUAGCACUCUCAAAGUGCACAAACAUAACGUGUUUACACAUCUGAGUAACAGCUAGGCAGGGGACAGACUUUUUGUCCUAGUGGUCUAUAGUGCAAUGUGAAAUCUGUUUUGCAUCUUAUGGGGUAUAAUCUAAUUAAAUAUUCAUAACAUAUUGCUUUCUGUGCACUUUCAGAACAAAUCUGUAGAAUGUGAUAGUUCUGACCUACAGUUGAUGUGAUCAAAUGUACCAUGUUUGGUAUUUGUAAACCUAUAAAUAAGGUUCUCCCCCCCCCCCCGGUGUAGCUUACAUAGAGUACAGGCACAGAUCUCAUGAACUGAGGGCAUGUAGCCUUGAAUAAGAUCUGGCAGAUUUAACAAAGUAUAAAAUGCAGUACAGUGGUACCUCAGGUUAAGUACUUAAUUCGUUCCGGAGGUCCAUACUUAACCUGAAACUGUUCUUAACCUGAAGCACCACUUUAGCUAAUGGGCCUCCCGCUGCCGCCGCACCACCGGAGCACGAUUUCGGUUCUCAUCCUGAAGCAAAGUUCUUAACCUGAAGCACUAUUUCUGGGUUAGCGGAGUCUGUAAUCUGAAGCAUAUGUAACCCGAGGUACCACUGUACUGGAGUGCCACUUGGAAUGGAAUUGGUCUUUGGGGAGCUUUGAGGAAGCCAUUUUGUAUUUCUUUUCCUCUAGAAAAGUGAAUAUAUUGAAGGCACUGAACAUAUCCACUGCCAGUUCUUCCAUGUUCAGUCGGAGAAAUUCGAAUCUGAAGGCUGAUCUCUUGUUCUUGCAUGUUGAAAUUAGGGUUCAGCUGAAAAUGCACCAUGUUCAUAGACUGCAGACAGGGCUCUCUCCUUUCUCGUGAUGUUCUCAGGGAGACCUUGCAAGCUUUACUUCCCAUCCAGCAUUGCCCUACCUCUAAAUGGACUUCAUGACAGUGCCAUGUAACGUAUGAGAUUGGGCAGUGUGAUGAAAUUUGAAGCCAAAUCAGAGUGAGGACAAUCAUUCCAGCACCAUACGGGAGGAAGGAAGAAUGGCUCUGAGCAGGAAUGGGAAAGGGUACUUGCACAUCUGCCUGAAACAUCUGGGGCAACUUUAUGUUGAGUCAGAUCAUUGAUCCAUUUAGCUCAGCUUUGUCUACACAGACUAGAUAACAUCUGUCUGAAAUCCUGGAGAUCUGCUAUCCGUCAGUGUAGAUAAUACUGAACUAGAUGGAUCAGUAUCCUCCUCUGCUAUGCCCCUUUGACUCCAACCUCUGAGUGAUGCUGUCCAUGUUUUUCUUUUUCCCUUUCAAAUAUGUUAGGAGAUGGUGAAGGAAGCAGGCACCCAUCACACUAAUUGAAGAAUGGCAGGAGAAUUUCCUCAGCUGUUGCUGGGAGAGGUAAGUGACUAUACUUAGGGAAGCUUCUGGAGUUUUAUGCUUGUUUACCUGUCUGUUACUAAAAACAACAAACAAAAGAGCUAGAAGCUCAAGCAGUCCAGUCCACAACACCAUAUAAACCGAAGAAUAAGUGAUUUAAGUUCUCUUGAAUUGGGAUAAAUUCACUAAUGCCAUGCCGGACUUCACAUUACCCAAUCUUCACAUCAGGCAACCUUUACAAUCCAGCUUGUGCACCAAAAAAACCACAGCCCAGGAAUCCAUUGUGUUAGACCCUUUCUGAUGACCCAGUUUCUCAGGACUGGACUCAAAGAUUACUGUGUUUGUUUUUGUAUGGCGAAGCGAAUCUGCUUGUUUGAUGUAGCCCUAAAUGCAGGGUAUUUAGAAAUCUUUUACUGUAAUACAUAGGACUGUUACAGAAAGACUUUCGUCCGGUUUAUCACUUCAUUCAAAGAGCAAAUUGGGGGGGGGGGGGAGAGAAGAAGAAGAAGAGUUUGGAUUUCAUAUCCCACUUUAUCACUACCCGAAGGAGUCUCAAAGCGGCUAACCAUCUCCUUUCCCUUCCUCCCCCACAACAAACACUCUGUGAGGUGAGUGGGGCUGAGAGACUUCAAAGAAGUGUGACUAGCCCAAGGUCACCCAGCAGCUGCAUGCGGAGGAGCGGAGACGCGAACCCGGUUCACCAGAUUACAAAUCUACUGCUCUUAACCACUACAUCACACUGGACAUUGGAUGGUAAAAAUUUGCACCAUUCAGGCCCCCCCCCCAACACUCAUAACAGUAUGAUUCAGGUAGCCAUAAUUCAUCCCCUUUGAUAACUACACUUGUCUGAUAGUUAAAAUAGAUUUUGUUCUUGUGCAAUAGUUCUGUUCUUUGUUCUCUUCCAUAGCAAAAGAGGUAGCAGACGGAUCGACAGAACUAGGUGGAACUUUAUAUCAAGCCAAACUAGACACAGUACAAUGACAAUAACAACAACACAUGAAUUUCUUUUCUCCAGCAGUCGUUCUCAGAAUUUGCUAUAAAUGACCAUUUUUGCACGUCAUGGGUGGGAGAGAAUGGAGCCAGUGUGUACUAGUAACUGAAUUGGCCUUUGAUCAUGUAGAGUGGAAUUCAAGCACCGUCAGCUUUGAGUGCCUAAGUCCCUACCUCUCAGCCUCAACUGUAAAACAGGAGUAACAGUAAAUUAUCCCCAUCAUAAGUUAUGAGUUUGUGAGAGCAACGCACAACAAAAAAACUUAAAUCUGGGACUGGCUAGUGGCUGAAUGUUGGACACCUGGCAACCACAUGUAUGCUGCCUUGUGUCUGAGGAAAGAAACAAGGUGGGGCAUAAAUGGAAUAAUUGCAUUUAAAAUAAAUUGAAUGCAUAACUUUGUACACUAGUAGCCAUUUCAAAAUUGCAGUCACACUAUUAUACAAAGGUCCCUAUCCCAAACCAUUGCUUAUGUACCUUCUGCAAAAAGUGUAGUUAUUUGGAAAUGUUUCAUUUGUGUUGCUCAUAAGUCCGUUGCCUCAGCAUAGUAACUAAGGCUGCAAUUCUACACCCGCCUAUCUGGAAUUAAAUCCCAUUCAACUAAUUGGGAAUUUUUUUCCCUGAGCAGACAUGUAUAGGAUGGGCCUGUAAUUGUACAAGCUGUCAGGAAGGCCCAAGUGAAAUUUUCGCCUCAUCCAUUACUUACUAGAUGUCCUUAGCUGGGCCUGUCAGUCACAGCCUUGCACAUGUAAGAAGAUACUGCUAGCCUAUCAUACAUGGCUGUUAUAAGGAUUACUGAGAUCACUCUAAAUGCUGAGGAGUUUUUCGUCAACAGCAUGGUUGUUAACUUUUUGAUUUUUUAAAAACACUUCACAUAACACUAAGGAAUGGCUAACAUCAACCAAGGUCUAUAAACCAACAACAAACCAUGGCUUACAAAUACACCUUGUUCUUGGUUAAUAAUUCAUUUUGUUGGCCAGGUUCAGAUUACAAACCAUGGUUUAGCAUGAAGUAUGAACCAGGCCUGUCUUGCCUCCAAGAAGGUGAUCAAGUGCCCUUAGUUCCUUGCCAUGUGCAGUUAGUCUAUUGCAGACUUCCUCAAACUCAGCCCUCCAGAUGUUUUGAGACUACAAUUCCCAUCAUCCCUCACCAUUGGUCCUGCUAGCUGGGGAUCAUGGGAGUUGUAGGCCAAAAACAUCCGGAGGGCUGAGUUUGAGGAAGCCUGGUCUAUUGCCAUCUGCUCUUACAGAUCUUCAGAUCAGUACCAGGUACCAGGCACUAAAAGUAGGGCUUUUGCCAUGAGGAGCUCUUGUCAGUGAUUAUAUAUAUCACCCGAUUCAGAUCUAUGUACAGAAGCCUAUUGCUACAUACUUACUGAUCACUUUUUGCUAGACCAGAAAAAAAAAAUUAGUUCUGUUUUUUAUUGUUCAAAUUGCACCUAAGGCCCAGAUUGAUCGAAGGCCCAAACUACAUUUCCUUAAAUGCAACAUUUCCUCCCCACAUAACUUUUUGCUUUUAUAAUUUAAAACAUAAGGUCAUGGUGCUCAGCAUUUUCCUGCCCUUCCUGUUCUUUGCUGGCUGCUGAUUACAGGGGAUUUAGAAGGGUAAUGGCAUACCUUUCAAGUGUCCCUAUUUUCCCAGGAUAUUCAGGGAAUUACAGAAGCCAUCGUGGCUUCUGAUUUGACCCCGGAAUGUUUUGUUUUCCCCCUUCCAUUGCUGCCAUGGCAGACAUGUGCAACGCUCUUGCUAGCCACUCUCUGCCGCCACCAAAGCCACUGCCACUGUAAUGCUUUAUGAAUUUAUCCGUAUAUUUUUAUAUGUGUAGCAUUUCUUCUUUGUAAGCGUGCCCUGCUUUGGUUUUAUUUACAUGUUCCUGUAUGAAAUGAAAGAGAAAAAUUAUUCUACGCUGGUUCCGUUUAUAUAAUAUGCACAGGCCAUGAGACAAAUUUAAAUCUUCAGCUGCAUGAGCUUAACUGUCCUGUUGAAAUUAAAGAGAGUUGCGCUACAGUCCUUAGCAUAAGCAGUGCUUUUUUAUAGAAAAAGGGGUGCUGGAACUCACCAUGAAUGCUUGUUCUCUUAGAAUAGCAAUGUUGCCCACCUGAGAGAUGCCAGAACCAAGUUCCAGCAAGUUCCAGCUAGGGAAAAAAGCCCUGGGCAUAAGUCUCACGAAUGUGGUCUAUGUGGGGCUACCUUUGAAGAAACAACUAAUCCAUAAUGCAGCUGCUAGACUUGUGACAUGGAAUGGCCGCCGAGACCACAUAACACCAGUCCUGAAAGACCUACAUUGGCUUCCAGUACGUUUCUGAGCACAAUUCAAAGUGUUGGUGCUGACCUUUAAAGCCCUAAACGGCCUCGGCCCAGUAUGCCUGAAGGAGCGUCUCCACCCCCAUCGUUCUGCCUGGACGCUGAGGUCCAGCUCUGAGGGCCCUCUGGCAGUUCCCUCACUGCGAGAAGUGAGGUUACAGGGAACCAGGCAGAGGACCUUCUCGGUAGUGGCACCCGCCCUAUGGAACGCCCUCCCAUCAGAUGUCAAGGACUUUUAGAAGACAUCUGAAGGCAGCCCUGUUUAGGGAAGUUUGGAAUACUUGAUGUUUUAUCGUGUUUUUAAUAUUCUGUUGGGAGCUGCCCAGAGUUGCUGGGGAAACCCAACCAGAGGGGUGGGGUAUAAAUAAAUAAAUGGUGAUGGUGUCUUGAAGCAGAUAGUGAGAUCUGGAAAAGAGUGGGAGGAGCUCAGAGAGCUAGAGUAUCCCAGAGUGGGCUGCAGGGUGGAGGUGGCAAAUUCCAGACAAGAGAUCUCAGAUUCCAGGGACAGGCAUAGCAGUUUAGGACAUCUGGAUAACAGUGGGAUAACAGGGGAAUGUCCCACUGUUCUACCUUCAGAUAUGCCUAGUCUACCUCCUCCUGUCACCCCAAAUCCUUCGCCUUUAGGGGAAGCAGCUGAGAGUAAAGUGGAGCCAGCCUCAAUUUCAUCACCAUGGACAGGGAGACUCCAGUGCUGGUGCAUGAACAAACCUCUUUUAGACGAUGCAGAGGGAGGGAUGCCCAUGUGCUUGCCCAGUCCUGGAACACCAUCUGCCUGUCAUGCAAGUAACUUUGUCUGCCCCACUCUUCAAAAGGAAGGUGUGGGGAGUGUCACUAGUUAGAUCAGUGUUUUAGAUCGCGCUCAGCCAUGCAUUUAAACUCUCACGUACCUGUUAAUUUCUACACUCUGCGCCUUGCCUUAUGUACCUAUCUGACCUAAAAAUUAAAGCCUUUGGCAGAACUGGA